CUUAAUCAUCUUUGUGUUUACUGUUUAGUUUCCCAUUUCUUGCGGAGGUAUAACAUUUUUUUUUGGAGAAAAUCCUUUCUUCCUGAGCUUCGUUUUUGAAAUUUAGAACUUCUUAUGCAGCUACGCGUGGUGUUAAUCUUCCUUCUGUUUGGUAUUCUAUAAACGUUUGAUCAAAAUGGUGUUUUUGUACCUCUGCAUUUCUCUCUCUCGCACGUCUUUUUUGUUUGCAUUUUUUCCGUCUUUCGGUUCAAUGCCGCGGUUAUUGAGGAUCAUUUUUCCGUUUAUUGGUUGCUAAGAUUCCUGCCAUCAAUGAGUUUUCUAACUUUUGAGUGCUGCAGCUUUGAAUUUUGAAGUUUGAACGCAAAUCGUGCUCGGAAAAGCAGUAGUAUGCUACGGAAAAGGCUUUAUCUCCCUUCCCCAGAAAAAAAAAACACCUGUUGCUUUUUCCCCUUCGCCUGCGAUGGAAUAUUUCAAAGUUUUACUGAAGAUCUCAUUGACCGGUUUACUCAAUCAUUUCAUUCACUGAAUCGCACUAUCCUGUUCUUCUGUUUUUUCUGCUAGCCGAUGAAGUAUUGGUUUCCGCUAUUACUUUAGCUCUGGUUUUAAAAGGGCCCACAUUUCCCCUUUUGGGGGGAGUUUACAAGAUAACUAUGCAUUUUCUCAUCCUGGUUAUAUGGAAAGGUUUUUUGGUAAAGUAAACCGGUUGUUAUUUUGCAAAUGAUGAGGAUACGUGUGUUGGUGAUAAUCUGAUUAUCUACCAGAUGAUGAUUUUCAAAUUAUUGUUUUGUCGAAUCUUCUAAAUUAUAGAGUCGGAUGCCUUUCUAGCCAAGCCACUUAACAUUUUCUAGAAAGAAAAAACUAUACCCAACUUGGGCUUUUUUCCUUAAAUUUCUUUUUACUGAAUUGGUUCCAAAUUUUCUGUAGGUGUUGCCAGUUCGCGUUGAUGCUUUGAUUUUUAUGUUCGUUUAAGAAGAUUGCAGACAAAGAGGUUUUCCAGCUGCCUUUAGUUUUAAGCUGAGAGAACCAUAUGAGUUACAGGCGGUGGCAUCUCUUUCAUAUAGAGGAAUCUGGUUUCGAUUCCAGUUUGGCAAAUUCAUAGAGGAAAUAAGGAUGGGAUGCUCAAAUUCUAAGUUGGAUGAUGAAGAGGUUGUCAAAAUCUGCAGCGAAAGAAAGAAAUUUGUCAAGCAGGCCAUUCAACAGAGGAUUCUAUUUGCCACAGGCCAUGUAGCCUAUAUCCAAGCUCUGAAACGGGUUUCAGCUGCUCUUCGAGAGUUUGCUGCUGGGGAAGAGAAUCACGGGUUCAUCUUUGAAUUUACACCAACAAAAUCUAAGCCUGAAACUAUCACACUUGAUUCACAAUCCUUAUCACCGAGUCCCAUCAAACGUGAAACUGUUACAAAUUAUUUGAGGGCAGGUGCAAAUCCAUCAGUUCCAAUAGAGGAAAGACCUCAAUCUCCAGAGAUCUUGAGGGUUGAAUCUUAUUCUCCAUCUUAUUACCGGAAUGGAGGCGAUGGUUUCUUCAGUGCACAAUAUCCUCUUUAUUCAUCGUUUUUUGGUGCACCGUACAACAAACGAAGCCCGCCUCCAUUAUCUCCACCUCGGUCUUCUCAAUGGGACUUUUUCUGGAAUCCCUUUUCAUCUUUGGAUUCCCAGAUGUAUCCCCCAAAUAACAGCUUCUGUGGAAUGACUGAGGAUGAGAUCAGAGGGAUAGACAAGGUUCGUGAAGAAGAAGGGAUUCCUGAUUUAGAAGAUGCAGUUGACGAUGCUAAGAAAGACGAGAUGCAGGAGGAGAAGGUGGAAGAGGAUGCAGCAAGUAGUGAACCAACACUUCCAGAUGAAACCUGCGAGGCAGAAAAUGCGAAGCCAUCAUCAACCAAAUCUUCUGAAGAAAUCUCAGAUUCCCUGUCUGACAUUGUGAUCGAAUUUGGUCAUGGCAAGAUGGAACUUAGUGCUCACCCUGCUAACAGCGUUGAAGUAUCAGAAUUACGAAAGUCGGCAAAGCAGGGCGUGACAAGUGCAGAGGCUCCUGCUAACAAAACAGAAGCUGUGGUAUUCUUUGACCAAGGCCCAGCAAACUUCUUUGAAGUCAUUAAGAACAUGGAAAAUCAAUUCAUCAUGGCAUGUGACUGUGCUAAUGAGGUAGCUACGAUGUUGGAAGCAAGUAAAGUGCAACACUUCGCUGCAACUGAGCUAACAGGUGUUAAAAUUCUGAAUCCAAUUGCCUUGAUUCGUUCUGCAUCUUCUCGUUCAUCAUCUUCAAGAACUUUCCAAGCUUCUUCAAGUUCCAGGGACGAUGAUUGUGAUACAAUUAGUGACUUUUCUGAGGAUCCUUGUAUGCUUUCUGGAAGCCACAGGUCAACAUUGGAUAGACUGUACGCAUGGGAGAAAAAGCUCUAUGAAGAAGUCAAGGCUGGGGAGCGAAUUCGCAUAACAUACGAAAAAAAGCGUAAGCAAAUGAAAGAACAUGACAGGAAGGGAGAGGACCCCUUCUUAGUUGAUAAAACCAGACUUUCAAUCAGAGAUCUCCGCAACCGUAUAAAAGUUUCUUUACAGUCAGUUGAGUCUAUCUCAAGGAGGAUUGAGACUUUGAGGGACGAAGAACUUCAGCCACAGCUAAUGGAGCUGAUUCACGGGUUGGCAAGGAUGUGGAGAGGAAUGGCAGAGUGUCACCAAGCUCAGAAGCAGAUCAUGCUAGAAGCCAGCCAGCACACUCUACUCCCUUGGGUUCCUGCAGGUGUCUCGCCUGAAUCUCAUCAGCGGGCCACUUCAAAGCUCGAGGCGGAGCUCGUGAAUUGGCAGACCACCUUCAGCAACUGGGCAGAGGCUCAACGUGCUUACGUCCGUUCCCUCCUUGGCUGGGUACUCAACUGCCUACGCCUCCAAUCAGAAAGCUCGUUCACGCUGCCCAACUCGCCGCACCGCCUCGGUGCACCACCAAUCGUCACGAUUACGGCUCGUUGGGCUGCCAUGUUUGAUGAGUUAUCAGAAGCUCCGGCUGUCAGCCAGCUGAGAAAUUUCUCGGUGAACGUCCGAGAUCUCUACGACCAACAAUGUGAGGAUUUGAAGCAAAGACGGAGGUCCGAUCAAGUUGUCAGGAACCUGGAGGCCAAACUGCAAAUGACCAACCUCUUGCUCGAUCAGAUCGAAUCCGGCGCAUUGCCGGAAUCCGGCGGUGCCGCAGCAGAGCAGGAGCUGGCUAUUGAGACUUUUCAAAAGCAGUUGGAGGACGAGAAGGCAACGCAAAGGGACUUAACCGAACGAUCGGCGGAAACGGCCGUCAGUGUUGUUUGCACCGGAUUGACAUCGGUGGUCGACGCCGUUUCAGAGUUCGCCGCUAAGUCUGCCGAAGGAUACGGCGAGCUCGAGAAGGUGUGCGAGAAGAUGAGGCAGAUGGCGGGUGGAAGAUCUAACGGUCAGUCAUAGGUCUGCGAUUUGCAGAACGGUGCCUGUAACUUUACAGAACGGGUGAAAAAAUCCCUUCUCGUUUAGCCGUCCUUCAAUGGUCAUUAAUCACUAUGUAUAAAAAGCAAUUAGCGUUAUUCCAUUUAUUUUUUCCUUCAAAUUU